AUAGCGCGAAAAUCGUUUGGCGGUGCGCGUGCGGCGGGGUGGGCUCAGGUGAGCGUCAGUCCGCGCCGCGAUCUCCCACCGACAGGGAUCCACGCACGCCACGCCGCGAAAUUUCGGAACUGUUUAGAAAAAUCGAACGCAUUUCGUUCUCUACACAGAAAAAUAACAUAAAAACAAAUCGACGCGUUUAGAGAAUAGAAAUGGGCGGAGUUUCGGAGUAGAGGGUUUUUUUGGGUGAUUUUUCGGUUGAGGGGACAUGGUUACAGCCGAGGUGUUGGGGCAGUGAUGUCCGUCGAGAGAUGCGACCUGUUGUCAUCGCCGCCUGCUUGCUGCUGCUCGCGCCCAUCACCGACUCUUGGUGGGCGUCUGGCAGCGCAGUAAUCCUAGACCCUCGCAUGAUCUGCAAGAAGAACCGGCGCACGCGGGGCCGGCUGGCGCAGAUCUGCAGGAACGAGACGGGGCUGCUGAAGGAGAUCACCAGGGGCGUGACCCUGGGCGCCACGGAGUGCGCCCACCAGUUCAGGAACAGGCGGUGGAAUUGUACCACGCAGAGGAGGAGCAUGAGGAAGAUACUUAUGAGAGAUACGAGAGAGACGGGCUUCGUGAACGCGAUCACGGCAGCUGGAGUCACUUACUCCAUCACCAGGGCUUGUACGGCGGGCUCUCUGCUUGAAUGCUCUUGCGAAAAGAAUUUUCCCCAGGGAGCACCAAAACCCCGUCGUGGCCGCGAGUCAGUUCCUCUGCCCCCCUCCCAAGUGCCAACAGAGAGGUGGCAAUGGGGGGGAUGCAGUGACAACGUGCGCUUCGGCCUCAAGAAGUCCAGGGAAUUCAUGGACAGUCGCUACAGGAAACGGAGCGAUAUAAAAACCCUCAUCAAACUGCAUAACCAUAAUGCUGGGAGGUUGGCAAUUAAAAACAACAUGAAGAUGGAAUGCAAGUGCCAUGGGUUAUCAGGCUCAUGCACGCUAAAGACUUGUUGGUGGAGAAUGCCGACCUUCAGAGAGGUCGGCAAUAGACUACGAGACAGAUUUGAAGGUGCUGCCAAGGUCAUCGCAAGUAACGACGGGGAUAGUUUCAUGCCAGAAAGUCCUAGUAUCAAAAAACCUGGCAAGAAAGACAUCAUCUACUCCGAGGAGUCACCAGAUUUCUGCUCUGCAAACAUGAAGACUGGCUCCUUAGGUACUAUAGGCCGCCAGUGCAACGUGAGUUCAGCAGGAACCGACAGUUGUGAUCAAUUAUGCUGCAGACGAGGUUACAAAGAAACCUCUGUCAGAGACACUGAAAAUUGCAACUGCCAAUUCAAAUGGUGUUGCGAAGUUAUAUGUGAAACAUGCUACGUCAAACGAAAUAUACAAACAUGCUUAUAAUGUGAUAGACUAUAUAAUAAAUGUUUAAUACUUAAUUA